AUGCCACUAAACGAAAAGACCGACGCUAAACUCUUAAGGCCAAGUACCAAUAGCUGUGUGAGCGAGGGACAACUAAAUGAAGAUUUCUCUUCCACCAAUUUAGAUGAUGAGAUAUUACCCAAAAUAGAACACAGUCAAGUGUUUGAAAUAACACAAGAGGGCCCGAAUUUUCGUGGAGUUGGCAUGUAUGGUGCAGCAAUUUUGAUUGCAAAAUCUCAAUUGGGAUUAGGAGUACUUGGGUUGCCGAGCACUUUAAACGCUUUGGGUUUCUUGCCAGGGUUACUUUCCCUUGCUUGUUUAUGUUUUUUGAGCACAUACACUGGUCUCAUCAUUGGAAAGUUUCGGAAUAAACAUCCUCAUAUCUACUGUAUCGAUGAUGCGGCAUAUAUGUUAUUCGGAAGAAUAGCACGUGAAAUCAUGGGUUGGGGCUUCUGGCUCUUUUACACACUUUGUUACGGUUCAGCAUUGCUCACCAUUUCCAUUGCCUUCAACUCGAUUACAGAGCAUCCAAUCUGUACCGUCAUUUGGAUAGUUAUUGGUGCAAUAGUUUCGUUUGUUCUAGGUGCAUCAAUCAGAACUAUGAGGGUGUUAUCGUUUAUGGGAUAUUUUGCUAUGUCAAGUAUUCUCCUUGCUGUGUGGAUUGUUGCAAUUGCAUGUCUCACUCAAAAAGUGCCCGCUGCAGCGCCAGUAAAUGAGCCAAUUAAUAAAAUGGUCAAAGUGGCAGCUACUGGAGCUCGGUUCAACACCGUGGCUUCGGCAAUCGCUAUUCAAUUCUUUUCUUUGUGUGGCACGGCAUCUUUCUUUUCGAUACAAGCAGAAAUGAGAGAUCCAAAACAAUAUGGCAAGUCACUUCUCAUGGGACAAGCUUUGGUGAUGUUCAACUAUAUCGUUCUUGCCAUUAUGAUAUAUUCUAAAGUUGGGCAAUACGUAGCAUCUCCUGCUCUAGGCUCUGCUGGUGAAUUGUUCAAAAAGAUUGCCUACGGUAUUGCACUUCCUGGAUUGUUUUGGUCCUCUUUCUUCACUGCUCACCUUGCAGCUAAAUAUGCCCUCAUUCGAAUCUUAAGAGGUACCACGCAUUUGCAAAGUAACACUAACAUUCACUGGAUCACAUGGCUUGGAAUGAUCACCAUUGUUAGCGCAGUUGGAUUUUUAAUAGCUGGUGCAAUCCCAUUCUUUAAAAAUUUAGUAGCUCUAACUGGUGCUUUGGUUGGGACUUCAUUUACACUAUUCAUUCCGGCUUGUUUGACAUUACAUGAACUUGGCCAUCACAAACAUCACGAGCGUGAUCUGACACUCACCUGGAUAAAACACUCUUGGGAGGAAUUUCAUAAUCACAAAUCCACAGUUGUUUUAUCGAUGUUCUGUAUCUGUGUUGCUAUCUUCAUUUGUGUUGGUGGUCUCUAUGGAGCCAUAUCUUCUACCAUCGAAGCUUACUCAAAUGGUACUAUUGAUCGCGCAUUUUCUUGUGCUAACAAUGCUUAA